AUGGCGUCCACCGCGUACCCCGCGGGGUGGGCUCGGCGCCGCAGACGUGUGCAGCAUCGUCCUUUGCCCGCCUCGCUCCAGUGGGCUCGGGAGCAGCGGCUGACAAGGCUUCUCGUUUCGUCUACGCGGGCCACACGCACGAUUAGAGUCUCACGUGAGUGAGAAUUCCGCAAAGGGAACAUUAAUGGGGAGCCAUUGAAGCCGGCUGUUAAUUAGGUUGGACGCAGCGUCUGACAGGACUAAACAGUCCGUAUACCCGUGCCACAUGUUCAGGCUGUACAGCAUACUACUCAUUUAACGGCGUUCGCGGAGACUGAGAUUUCCGCGGCCCAGUCAGCGGCGGGAUACCAUGUAGGUUGCGUGAGGUACUUGGGCACAAAUCCGGCGACUCCAGCUGCCACGACGCACAUCAGAUGCCAGGUUAUUCGACCGGCACAAUGACUUCCCACGGGGCUAGCUGGUUUUGAGCUGUUACUCUCGUGGGAGAUAAAGGCCGCGACGAAGUUGGCCGCAGAUGAUACGACGACCAAAUCACCCCCCUUGGGAAACUUUCGAAACCCCCAGUUUCAGCAUCACCUACUGGUGACGACGCAUAGGCGUGGUAGAAAAAAGCAGGGGGUCGGUCAGAAGCAAGGCCGAUCGAUUGGGGGGACUAACACAUGUCCUGCCUGAUAUCUUGGGCAGUGGAUAGUGACCCACGAUAACCUAUCCCUGCUGUUUGACAGGGCUCUACCGUCUGGACGAAGUGGAUUGCACGGAGGCGCCGACGUUGGGGACGUUGUCUUCUGGAGGUAUGCGACCUCCAAGCCCUUCCAGUGCUGCUGCUGCUGCUGCCGCCGCUUCCGGGACGGCACGAACUCUCAUCGCGAAAAUGUCGCCAAUUGACCCACAGCGUCUCAUCAAGGCACUCACAGAGUCUGGCGUUACUGGAGGUCAGUUGGCUGGUCCUGAUCUCUUGGCAAAGUAUCUCGAACAGGAGGCUAAACAGAUUGGACUGGCAGGACGCAUCCAGAUGGCUUGUUCUGCGGAGCUGACACCAUCUCCUCUUGGUCCUUUGACCACCUCCAAUUCAGCAUUGAUUCUCUUUGUGAGUUACUUCUUGGGCCUUAGUUUAUCCAUUAGUCUCUCCCUCUCCCUGCCCACUCCACCUUUUCCUCCUCCUCCUCCUCCUCCUCCUCCUCCUCCUCCUCACCGAUCGUUCUUACGGAACUCAAUCGUUCCGUUGUGCCUUAUGGGCUCUCUCUCGAACCCAACCAGCAGCCGCACAGCGGCUCAUGAUAUGGGCAGGAUGGACUCGUGGCCCAGUGGUUAGAGGCGUGUACUUCUAACUAACAGGUCGCAAGUUCGAGCCUCGGGCGUUCCACACUUCGGGGUUGGGUAUAACUGGCUGACGACGGCUAAUAAGCCAGAAAUGACCAUUCCAGUCUCCCUUGUCUUUUUCGGUAAUAUCAUUCUGCCCAUAUCAUGCGCGCUGUGCGGCUGCUGGCUGGGCUCGAGAGAGAGCCUGUAAGGCACAACGGAACGAGUGAGUUCCGUAUGAACGAUCGGUGAGCGCCCCUACUCGUCAGAGUAUGUGGGUCCAAAAUGAUUUAGAGAUCGUCUGGCUUUUUAAAUGGUUGAAAUUUCUGUCGGCUGUGAGAAAAUAUUUCUUCUCCAACCGUGUCGUGGAACCGUGGAAUAACCUGCCCGAGACGGUUGUUAUGUGUCAAUCUGUGGAGACAUUUAAAUGUCGCCUUGACAGAUAUAUGCUGCAGCAACAAGCGGACUAUGCGACUUUUUAACCACGUGACUAGUGACAUAUGUGAAUCAAUGUAUGCAUUCACUUAAUGCUGUAAUUUCUUCACAUUUUCGCUUGUUUAUCGAUUUUUUAUGUACAAAUAGGGAGUUCAAAGGCGUAAGCCUAUUUCCCUCAAAUACACUGACUGACUGAACUGCGCGAUAAAAUCAGACCGGAGCCCAUCAUAUGUGAAGUGGCUUAUAGUACUUAAAUUAACCGAGUAGAAAUUAUUACGCGAUACAGAGGAUGACCGGAGGUAUGAGAUAAAUGCAACCAGGCAGCUAACCCACCGAGGCGGACUCUAACCCCUAAUUGCUCGAGUACCGGUUUAAUGCUUAGCCACCGGAACCACCAGGAGUCUUGUCACUGAUCAAUUUUCUAUGCACUCACUCUUCUGACGAUCCGUCGGGGCUGAUUAGUGUGAUUGGCACUGGGUGUCGUUAGCCCUUUUCCAUUCCACAUUCCUCCAGUUCUUAACCCUUCUCCUCUGCCUAUCGUUGCAGCCCAACAGCAGUGUACGCAUCCUCCUCUGGGAGUCUGGCAGUCACGUGGUCUGUCAAGACGAGGGAACUCGACAGGCCAUUCGUGGUGCUAUCAUCUCUUGUGCUGAAAUGACCUGUAUCCCCCCUUAUACCUGA